AUGACAAGUUGUGAAAGUUCCUCAUCCACCAUUCCCAGUCAAAGAAGACAGAGACACAGAGGAGGUUUGCGUAAAGUACAUCCAUACUAUUAUACCUUCUCCACACACUGUAAAGGACGUUGGCUUGGAUUGAAGCUACAUGAUAUCUUUAAAAAGGAAUUCAGAUCAGAGUCACCUGAAUUUUAUGCUGCUGCAAUUAAUUCAGGAAUGAUCACAAUCAAUGGUAGCAAAGCUAGUCUGGAUUAUGUAAUGAAAAACAAUGACUUCUUAGAAAGUAGAGUUCAUCGACAUGAACCACCUGUUACUGGGCAGCCUAUCGAUGUUAUUGUGUGUAAUGACGAUAUAGCAGUUAUCAACAAACCAGCCUCCAUACCAGUCCAUCCUUCAGGAAGAUACAGACACAACACUAUUGUAUUUCUACUUGGCAAAGAAUAUGACCUUAAAAACCUGCACACCAUUCAUAGACUGGAUAGAUUGACUUCAGGGUUAUUAAUGUUUGCAAGAUCGCUUGAAAUGUCACAGAAACUUGAUUCUUAUGUCAGAGAGAGGAAACUACAGAAGACGUAUAUCUGUCGGGUCAAGGGAGAAUUUCCAAGUGAGCCUGUGGAAUGCUGUGAGCCCAUUAAGACAAUGUCUCAUAAGAUAGGUGUAUGUCGAGUCAGUCCUGAAGGCAAGGAGUGUCAAACCAAUUUUUAUAGAAAAAGUUACAAUGGAACAAGCAGUGUAGUUAUAUGUGAGCCACAUACAGGUCGCAUGCACCAAAUCCGAGUCCAUCUUCAAUAUUUAGGUUAUCCAAUAAUGAACGAUCCUUUGUACAACAACCCAGUAUGGGGUAAAGAUGUAGGUAAAGGAGGAGUAAAUGAUCUACCAGACGAUGAGAUGGCGGAGACUGAUCAGCUGAAUUUCCUGAAUCUACCAUAUGUGACACACUUUACCGGUACACAUAAUUGCAAAAAAGAAGUUGUGAAGCAUGGCUGCUGUGAAACACUGCCACAUGACGGCUGCUGUGAAACAUGCCACAUGAUGGUUGCUGUGAAACACUGCCACAUGACGACUGCUGUGAAACACUGCCACACAAUAGCUGCUGUGAAACGCUACCACAUGAUGGCUGCUGUGAAAGACUACCACAUGAUGGCUGCUGUGAAAGACUACCACAUGAUGGCUGCUGUGAAAGACUACCACAUGAUGGCUGCUGUGAAACACUACCACAUGAUGGCUGCUGCGAAAUACCGCCACAUGAUGGCUGCUGUGAAACCCUGCCACAUGAUGGUUGCUGUGAAACACUGCCACAUGACAGUUGUUGUGAAACACUGCCACAUGACAGUUGUUGUGAAACACUGCCACAUGAUGGCUGUUGUGAAAUGCUGCCACACGACAGCUGCUGUGAAACACUGCCACAUGAUGGUUGUUGUGAAACGCUGCCACAUGAUGGUUGUGAAACGGUGCCACAUGAUGGUUGUGAAACGGUGCCACAUGAUAGCUGCUGUGAAACAUUGCCACAUGACGGCUGCUGUGAAACGUUGCCACAUGACAGCUGCUGGUCCUGAUUUUGAGUACUCCACACCAAUGCCAGAAUGGGCCAGUGAAAAUUGGAAAGAACCAGAUGAACUCAUUGACAGGGAAAAAUGA